CUGAUUGGUAGCUUGGCCAUCUUGGCAGCAGUUAAUGCCCCCAUCAGCCUAUCAGCAGCCAGGGCAGAAAUGGGGCCCAAAGAUCCUCAGUGAAACGGGCCGGACCGCCGACUUUCCAGCUCUCCCUGUCCUUGUCGGUACUUCCACCCAUCGCCACAAUGAAUUCCACAACACUCCAAGGCUGGCAGUUCAACGACAGCUCCCGAUCAUCCUGGGACAUCGUCUGGACGUGCCUGACCACGAUCUUCGCCUGCACGUGGACCGUCCUCCGCCAGGGCGGCGCAACAAAUCCCAGGCCCUCAUCACCGCCGCGAAGCUCCGGGUCUUUACUUUCAACCUUCUCGCGCCCGAGACGAUGGGACUCACUGCCACUAAGGAGCUCUGGCGCGUUCGAUCCCUGAGGGAACGAUGUAAUGCCGCACAAGAAAGCAGCGACCGGAAGACGAACGAGCCGGGCUCGUGGCUCUACUCGCAAACAAAACCUCUUGUUGAUGCCCAGGGCGUCGAUGAUAUCGUCUUGUACGCUCCACACCUGGAGUGGUCACUGCCCCAUUGCUGGGUUAUCCAGAUGGGCGGACUCAUUUUUGAGACAGAGGAUGAGUGGAUAUACUAUGUCCUCCGCGAUCAGAUCUGUGCAUUCAUCGAAGCCGGGAUCAUCAAAUGUCCUGACUUUACCAAUCGUGAGAUCCAAGACCGCGCCAAAGCUGAUACAUUCGCUAAAGCGGCGGGCUACGAUUUGCCCAUUACGCCAUUCGAGUUCUCAGCGCUGGCAUACGUGGUGUGCGCUAUCCUCCUCUACGCCGUUUGGUGGGAUAAGCCGCAGGAUAUGACUGUUCCAAUCUCCAUUGGCGUGCCGUAUACGCGCAGCUCCUUACCGCAGGAGAUCCGCAGCCUGACUGACGCUGGAUGCAUCGGCGGAUGGAACUUCGCCUUUCCCACCCACGCGGAGAAGAUCGCAUGGCGUGUCUUUUCGCUGACGGCGCUGGCGCUGGUGGUCGCGCACUAUCUCAUUGCCCAGGCGCCGCUUGUUGCACGAUGGCUCAAGAAUAAGGGCACUCGACUCCCUGCGUUCAUGGAUAACUAUUCCGACCCCCAUGGCACAUUCACCAAGACGGAAAUAUUCCUCCCCCUCUGGGUCAUAUUGUUCUAUAUCCUUGCUCGCUUUGGAAUGGUUGCGCUCAUUUUCUCGCGAAGCUUACAUCGCCGUGGACUGGCUGGCGUCGAUUCCACAUAUCUGAGAGACCCGAUCGUAUGA